AUGAGGCGUCUUAUUAUCCUUUUAGUGGCCGCAAUGGCGAGUUCGGAAGAAUUCUUUUUCCUUGGCCAUGAGUUUUCCAGAACUCCACUGGGCGAUCGGAUAGACAAAGCGUCUGUGAAAAUGCUCAAGGAGGCCUAUCUAUCAGCCACGGACUCUAAUGUAGUCACGUCGCCACUGGGAGCAUUAAUGCUUCUGUCACUCUAUUCUGCUGGUACCCAGGAUAAGAACAGAGAGGAAAUCAUGCAGUUUCUUGGUUCAACAGAAUACAAGGAGCUAUUCGAUUCGUAUAGCCACUUAAGCAGCAGAUUUGCUUCAAUGGAUCCGAGUUACCUCACUCUCGCCAACAAAGUGUUCGUGGCUAAAGGAUACACGCUGGCCGACGAGUUCUCUAACACAGCCCGUUCUUACAACAGCGAAGUAGAUGCAAUCGACUUUCAAGAUCAGAAGACAGCCGCACAAAUUAUUAAUCGAUGGGCAGAUGAAAAGACAAAGGGCCAUAUUAAAGACCCCGUAUCAGAAAAUCUUUUGGACCCAUCAGCAGCGGCCGCGCUCUUCAACGUCAUAUUCUUUCAGGGUCACUGGCAUGUUCCUUUCAAAGCGGCAGAGACUGAGGAGAAGGACUUCCACGUGAAUAAGUCACUGGUCGUCAAGAAACCUAUGAUGCACUUACAGGAUUCUCUCUUCUAUAAUGAAGACAACGAAAUUGGUGCUAAGAUGAUUGAAUUGCCCUACAAAGAAUCCGGUUUUCGUAUGGUCGUGAUACUACCUAACGAAGUGGACGGUCUGUCGUCAGUCCUAGAAAAAGUGGCCGAGAAGGGCCUUUUAGACGACGUGUUCGCUUUAAGCCCAGCGGGAAGGGAAAUCAACUUGUACUUGCCCAAAUUCGAAAUUAGGAGUAAGCUGGACUUCACUCAGAUCUUGCCUAAGCUGGGUGUGAGCAAAAUAUUCAGUGAUGGAGCUCCGGGAAUAGUAAAGGAGCGCGACGUUACCGUCUCGAAAUUUCUCCAAGAGGCCAUCGUAAAGAUCGAUGAAGAAGGUGCUACUGCGGGAGCAUUUACUGGAGCCAUUGCAGUACCAGCGUCAUCCGACUCCAGGCCACCGGAACCUAUGAACUUUAUAGUUGACCAUCCUUUCUUGUUUACUAUUCUGCAUGAAGACGUGAUACUCUUUACUGGGCGAAAGGGGGAGAAACUGGAGGUUUUGCGUAUCGGGCAAGGAUGCAUCGACUUUUUUGCUGAGCUGGAGCCAUCUGUAACCGUCACCGAACAAAACCUGGCAGACCGAGUUCGGUAUAUCUUGCGCUCAAAUACAUUUGAUGUCACCGAACUCGAACGGCUACGACGUGAGGCUGUUCCUUCAUCGGGUGAAAAUGCUGCGGCUGAGGAUGCGGCGCCACAACUUGCUGAGCAAACGGCAAAUGUGGAUGCCGCCGUGAAUACGCCAGUUGUGGUUGAUUCAAACGAUGAUGGAACAGUCGCCCAGGAACUGGAACUAGAGCAAAUGAGGAGUACAUUGGAAGAGGCGAUUGUGGAAACGCGCAGUACGACUCUCGAAAAUCGACCGCGACUUCCCCGCUUAGCCCUAAGCAAGCGGAAUCGGGCUGUCGUGAGGGCUCUGAACCCAAUGCUGGUUACCUAUUUGGAAGCCAGCCGGGACCUUUGCGAUACGGACUCAAUUCUUUUUGGCGCCGCACUGGCAGUCUGCCGUAUUAUAGGUGCCAAACUUUCCACGGCUGGACGCGCUACUGGACAAAGUAGUGCUAUCCCAGCCUGGAGAAUAAGAAUUGAAGAACGUAUCGCAAAGGCUAGGGCCCUCAUCGGCAGACUGAUAUGCUUCAGGUCAGGCAAUACCAGGCCAAGGAUUGUGCGCACCGUCAGGAUGGCGUUUGCUGGGAUAAAUGUUAGUUUGUCCCAGCCGGAUAUAAUGCAAAAACUGACGGAGCGCAUAGACGACCUGAAGCAAAGAAUAGCUGCUUGGGGAAAGCGGAUUCGGCGAUAUACCGAGAGGUCGACACGGUUCAACCAGAAUCGUCUCUUCCAGAGUGAUCAGAAGAGGCUCUAUAAAUCAUUGGAGCGACCAAUAGUAAGUGGAACGGGCCCUGCACCAAAUCAGGCCGACAUGGUCGCAUUCUGGCGCAGCCUGUGGUCAGAGCCCGUAAACCACAGCGAGGGCCCUUGGACGGAAGUUGUGGCGAGUCAGUGUGCGAGUAUUACGCCCAUGGACCCCGUCAUCAUAACGCCGGAUGACGUAGCUGAGGCGGUCCGUAGGGCCCCGAACUGGAAAAGUCCGGGGCUUGACGGGCUGCAUCACUACUGGCUGAAGGGGUUCAUGGUGUGUCACUCUGUGCUCGCCCGACAGUUUCAAGAGGCUCUCAACCAGAAGUCGCUCCCAAGCCUCUUCACUACUGGGAUCACUCAUUUGGUUCCUAAAGAUCAGGGUGCCACAGACCCGAGCAAAUACCGCCCCAUCACGUUACGCCUCUCGAAAAUCGACCGCAACUUCCCCCGCAUAGCCCUAAGCAAGCGGAAUCGGGCUGUCGUGAGGGCUCUGAACCCAAUGCUGGUUACCUAUUUGGAAGCAAGCCGGGACCUUUGCGAGACGGACUCAAUUCUUUUUGGCGCCGCGCUGGCAGUCUGCCGUAUCAUAGGCGCCAAGGUUUCCACGGCUGGACGCGCUACUGGCCAUAGUAGCGCUAUCCCAGCAUGGAGAAGAAGAAUUGAGGAACGUAUCGCAAAGGCUAGAGCUCUCAUCGGCAGACUGAUAUGCUUCAGAUCAGGCAACAACAGGCCAAGAAUUGUGCGCACCGUCAGGAUGGCGUUUGCUGGGACAAAUGUCAGUUUGUCCCAGCCGGAUAUAACGCAAAAACUGACGGAGCGCAUAGAUGAUCUGAAGCAGAGAAUCGCUGCUUGGGGAAAGCGGAUUCGGCGAUAUACCGAGAGGUCGACACGGUUCAACCAGAAUCGUCUCUUCCAGAGUGAUCAGAAGAGGCUCUAUGAAUCAUUGGAGCGACCAAUGGUAAGUGGAACGGGUCCAGCACCGAAUCAGGCCGACACUGUAGCAUUCUGGCGCGGCCUGUGGUCAGAGCCCGUAAACCACAGCGAGGGCCCUUGGACGGAAGUUGUGGCGAGUCAGUGUGCGGGUAUUACGCCCAUGGACCCCGUCAUCAUAACGCCGGAUGACGUAGCUGAGGCGGUUCGUAGGGCCCCGAACUGGAAAAGUCCGGGGCUUGACGGGCUGCAUCACUACUGGCUGAAGGGGUUCAUGGUGUGUCACUCUGUGCUCGCCCGACAGUUUCAAGAGGCUCCCAACCAGAAGUCGCUCCCAAGCCUCUUCACUACUGGGAUCACUCAUUUAGUUCCUAAAGACCAGGGGUCUUCGCGGGCCCAGCAAUCGGCACCCGCCUCUGGUGGAGUACGCCGCAUGCGUUGGACAACCCAGAUGAACAGCAACGCAUUGCGGGCGUAUUUUGGGGCGAAAGGGGGAGAAACUGGAUGUUUGGCGUAUCGGGCUAGGAUGCAUCGUCUUUUUGCUGAGCUGGAGCCAUCUUUAACCGUCACAGAGCAAAACCUGGCAGACCGAGUUCGGUAUAUCUUGCGCUCAAAUAUAUUUGAUGUCGCCGAACUCGAACGGCUACGACGUGAGGCUGUUCCCUCGUCGGAUGAGAAUGCUACGGCUGAGGAUGCGGCGCCACAAAUGGUAGAGCAACCCGCAAACGUGGAUGCCGCCGUGAAUACCCCAGUUGUGGUUGAUUCAAACGAUGAUGGAACAGUCGCCCAGGAACUGGAAUUAGAGCAUAUGAGGAGUACAUUGGAAGAGGCGAUUGUGGAAACGCGCAGUACGCCUCUCGAAAAUCGACCGCGACUUCCCCGCAUAGCCCUAAGCAAGCGGAAUCGGGCUGUCGUGAGGGCUCUGAACCCAAUGCUGGUGACCUAUUUGGAAGCCAGCCGGGACCUUUGCGAGACGGACUCAAUUCUUUUUGGCGCCGCGCUGGCAGUCUGCCGUAUCAUAGGCGCCAAGGUUUCCACGGCUGGACGCGCUACUGGCCAUAGUAGCGCUAUCCCAGCAUGGAGAAGAAGAAUUGAGGAACGUAUCGCAAAGGCUAGAGCUCUCAUCGGCAGACUGAUAUGCUUCAGAUCAGGCAACAACAGGCUAAGAAUUGUGCGCACCGUCAGGAUGGCGUUUGCUGGGACAAAUGUCAGUUUGUCCCAGCCGGAUAUAACGCAAAAACUGACGGAGCGCAUAGAUGAUCUGAAGCAGAGAAUCGCUGCUUGGGGAAAGCGGAUUCGGCGAUAUACCGAGAGGUCGACACGGUUCAACCAGAAUCGUCUCUUCCAGAGUGAUCAGAAGAGGCUCUAUGAAUCAUUGGAGCGACCAAUGGUAAGUGGAACGGGUCCAGCACCGAAUCAGGCCGACACUGUAGCAUUCUGGCGCGGCCUGUGGUCAGAGCCCGUAAACCACAGCGAGGGCCCUUGGACGGAAGUUGUGGCGAGUCAGUGUGCGGGUCUUACGCCCAUGGACCCCAUCAUCAUAACGCCGGAUGACGUAGCUGAGGCGGUCCGUAGGGCCCCGAACUGGAAAAGUCCGGGGCUUGACGGGCUGCAUCACUACUGGCUGAAGGGGUUCAUGGUGUGUCACUCUGUGCUUGCCCGACAGUUUCAAGAGGCUCUCAACCAGAAGUCGCUUCCAAGCCUCUUCACUACUGGGAUCACUCAUUUGGUUCCUAAAGACCAGGAUUCAGAGGUUGACCAAGAAAGUAUUGAAAGAACAUAG